AUGGACUCCUCUGGUCUCCUGCUGGAGAAGCAAACCAGCAAUGGAGCCCCCUGCAGUUCCGAACAGCUUGCGGACCUCGAGGCCAAGUUGGAUUCACCCACAGAAGGAGAUAGCGCCGAGACUGCUUGCGCAAGUGACAGCAAAGCUCCACCUGAAGGAGAGGGUCUGGCACCAAACAACGAGGAAAGCCCUUUCCAGAAUGGACCAGGAUCUCCCUUUCCUGACCUCCCUGUGUCUUUUGAUCUCGCCAGCAGUCCAUGUGGGGAAAAGCCAGCUCCAGGUGUGCCUGGUUUCCAUGCCAACCUAAAGUCGUCUCAGGGAGCUAGUGCUGAGGGCAUAGUUCUUAGGAAAGAAGCGUUGCAGUCCCUCAAACUAAGCCUUCCCAUGCAAGAAACGGAAUUGUGUUCCUCUGACUCUUCUCUCCCGCUGGAGAGGGAAGAACAGAUCAGACUUCAGGCAAGGAGGCGCCUGGAAGAGCAGCUGAAACAGUACCGUGUGAAAAGGCAUCAGGAGAGAAAGCAAUCUACAUCUAAAACCCGUCCCUCAAGUACCCUCGACCCUGAACUAAUGUUCAACCCAGAGAUCUUGCCAAGGGCCAGCACUGUAGCUAUGACAACAGAAUACUCCUUCUUGCGGACCAGUGUCCCACGGGGACCUAAACUGGGAAGCCUGGGCCUUCCAGUGCAGUCUAAAGAGAGGAAAAGUUCCAAACCUUCGCGGUCAAGUAAGAUCCGAUCCCUGGCUGACUACAGAACCGAUGAUGCAGAGGAAAACACAGGGGGGACCAUUACAGCUGCUGAUUCACCCAGUGCUUCUCUAAGACAAAACAGAAACAGCCUGACUUCAGUCGUGUCUGAGAUCAGACUGACCCCCGACCCAGACGACCACCUGGAAAAUUCCUCCUUGGCGGAAGACAGCGUGUCGGAAAUUGACGGAAGCGACAUGGGCCUGAGGCUGGACGGCAACGAGAGCGACAGCUCCACCUACAGCAGCGUCUCCGGCAGAGGUCUGCACAGCACUUUACUGGGCGUGGAAAGCAAGCAGGGUAUUUCAAUCACUGUGAACGGCCAGGAGAUUCCUUUGGAUGCCGCCGGACAGUUUCCUUCCAUCAGGGAAGUGUUGCAGGCCGCUGCGACGGAGCAUCACAGCCAGGAACAGGAGCUGAAUGGCGAGGUGAGGAGUCGGAGAGACAGCCUCUCCAGCAGUAUAUCGAUGGAAAGCUCCAUUGCGGGCACACAUGAUGAAAUUAUGCAGGUCCUCAAAGAGAAGAUGAGGCUGGAAGGGCAACUAGAAGCACUGUCGUUAGAAGCCAACGAGGCUCUUAAAGAAAAGACAGAACUGCAGACCCAGCUUGCCGCAUUGAGCAUGAAGCUUCAGACCCAGAUGGAACACAGUCAAAGCAGCCAAAAGAAACAGGAUUCCCUGAACUCGGAGGUGGCCACCUUGAAGCAGUCUUGCUGGGACCUGGAGCGAGCCAUGGCGGAGCUGCAGACCGCCUUGGAGGUCAAGAACGCCAGCCUGGCUGCUUCUAAUAAUGAUUUGCGUGUGGCAGAGGAACAGUACCAAAGACUCAUGGGGAAAGUGGAGGACAUGCAGAAGAGUGUCCUUAGCAAGGAUAGUGCAGUUCAUGACCUCCGGCAGCAGCUUUCGUCUUUGCAAAGCCAGCUUCAGCAGGUGCAGCUGGACCGCACGACGUUGACCAACAAGCUGAAAUCGUCUCAAGCGGAGAUCGCUUCGCUGCAGAAAGUUCGGCAGUGGUACCAGCAGCAGCUGGCUGUGGCACAGGAGGCCAGGGUUAGGCUGCAAAGCGAGAUGGCAAACAUACAGGCUGGGCAGAUGACCCAAGUAGGCCUCCUGGAACACCUUAAGUUAGAGAAUGUAACGCUCUCUCAUCAGUUAACGGAGACUCAACACAGAUCCAUCAAAGAGAAGGAACGGAUAGCCUCACAGCUGCAAAACAUUGAGGCUGACAUGUUAGACCAGGAAUCAGCUUUUCUGCAGAUCCAAGAGGCCAAGAGCAUGGUGGAAGAGGACCUGCAGAGGAAACUUGAGGAGUUUGAGGAGGAGAAGGGACAGCUGCGGAAAAUGGCUGAUUCUGCAGCAACGUUGGAGCAGGAUCUAGAGCAGGUGAAAUUGACGCUGAAUCAGCGAGAUCUUCAGGUGGAAGCUUUGCAACAGGAGCAGCUGGACCUCAUGAAGCAGCUGACUUCCACUCAAGAGAUGCUGCAAACCCGCGAGGAGUCCUUGAGCGACCUUCAGACGCGUUAUGAUGACGUGGAGUCCCGGCUGGCGGAACUGCAGGGGGAGGCCACCGCCAAGGAUGAGACCAUCCAAUUUUUGCAGAACGAGAAGAUCGUCUUGGAGGUGGCCCUGCAGGUAGCAAAAGCAGGGAAAGAAGGCCUCAAUGAAGGAGUCAGGCAUUUGGGAGAAGGCGCCGAGGCAGCGUCGGACACAUUGGAGCAACUGAAGCAGGAAAUAGCGAUAAAAUCAAGUCAGGUGGAGAAUCUGCAGCAUGAAAGUGCAAGUCUCAAGAAGCAGUUGCAGAAGGUGAAAGAGCAGUUCCUUCAGCAAAAGGUGAUGGUGGAAGCUUACCGAAGAGAUGCCAGCUCGAAAGAUCAAUUAAUCAGCGAACUGAAAGCGACGAAGAAGAGACUGGACUCUGAAAUGAAGGCAUUGAAACGCGAGCUCCUGCAGCUUCAGGGGGAGAAGAAAUCUGUGGAGGUGGAAAAAUCACGGCUGGAGAAGGAAGUGUCUCAGGUUCGGCAGCAGAUGGAAGAGUUGGAAAGCCAUCUGCAAGCAGCGCAGAGGGAACGAGACAACAUGGAAACCCAGCUGCAGUCCUUGCAGUUUGACAGAGAACAAAUGGCUGCUCUUGCCGAGAUGAAUGAAGCACUAAAGCAGCAGGUAGAUGAAAUGCAACAGGAAGCCAAGAUGGCCAUUACUGAGCAGAAGCACAAAAUGAAGCGACUGGGGUCAGAUCUGAACACGGCGCAGAAGGAGAUGAAAGCAAAGCACAAAGCCUAUGAGAAUGCCGUCGGAAUCCUAAGUCGGCGUCUGCAGGAAGCCCUCACUGCAAAAGAAGCGUCGGAAGCAGAGCUGAGCAAACUAAAGGCACAGAUCACCGAUGGAGACCAUAGCCAGGCAGGCCAGGAAAGGAUUCAGGCUCUGGAGAUGGAAUUGCAAGCUCUUGGCCACAGCAAGAUGGUGCUAGAAAAGGAACUGCAAGAAGUGAUCUCAGUCACCAGCCAGGAGCUGGAAGAAUACAGAGAAAAAGUCCUUGAACUUGAAGAUGAGCUUCAAGAAUCAAGGGGCUUCCGAAAGAAGAUCAAGCGUCUGGAAGAAAUAAACAAGAAGCUGUCGCUCGAACUUGAGCAUGAACGCGGGAAACUGACUGGUCUCGGCCAGUCCAACGCGGCUCUACGGGAGCACAAUCGCAUCCUCGAAGCAGCGCUGGCCAAGAGGGAGGCGGAUCUGGUGCAGCUGAAUCUUCAGGUUCAAGCAGUUCUGAAGCGCAAAGAGGAAGAGGAUCAGCAAAUGAAGCAGCUUGUUCAAGCCUUGCAGACAGCCCUGGAAAAAGAGAAGACGAAAGUGAAUGACCUUAAAGAACAGGUCGCAACCGCCAAAGCAGAGGCAGCCCAUAAUCGCCGUCAUUAUAAAGCGGCUGCCCUUGAGCUCAGCGAGGUGAAGCGAGAGCUGCUGGCCAAAGAAGCACUCAUCCAAGCCCUUCAGGCUGAAGUGGACAAGCUUCAGGCCAAUAACGGGAAGCACUCCGAGGAAGUGUCCCAGUUCCAGCAAGAGCUGGCAGAAGCCCGGUCCCAGCUUCAGCUUCUGCGGAAGCAACUGGACGAACAGCUCAGCAAGCAGCCUGUAGAAAAUCAAGAGGUUGAAGACCUGAAGUGGGAGGUAGAUCAGAAGGAGCGAGAAGUCCAGGCCUUGAAGCAGCAGCUGGACCUGACAGAGCAGCGCAGCCACAAAGAGUUGGAAGGCAUCCAGUCUGUGCUGCAGGCGAUCAAGACAGAGUUGGAGAUGGUUCGAGACGAUCUGUCAUUAACUCAGAAGGAUAAGUUCAUGCUUCAGGCGAAAGUGACGGAACUGAAGAACAGCAUGAAGACUCUCCUCCAGCAGAACCAGCAGCUGAAGCUGGACUUGAAGCAUGGGAAGACGAAGAAGAGGAAAGAACUGAAGGGAGAGAAAAAUUCUUCACAUCCCGUGACUCCGGUGAAGAUUCCUGACUGCCCUGUCCCAGCAGCUUUGCUGGAAGAGCUGUUGAAGCCUCUGACAGCUGUGAGUAAAGAGCCUUUAAAAAACCUCAACAGCUGCCUCCAGCAACUCAAGCAGGAGAUGGACAGCCUGCAGCGUCAAAUGGAGGAGCACACAAUCACGGUACACGAAUCAAUGUCUUCAUGGACGCAGAUAGAAGGGCAGUUAACGGACCUUACUACAACCUUCCCUGCUUCUGCGUCGGGCAGCCAAGAACUUCCUGAUAGAGAUCUAAAAGUGCAUAAUCCCAGUGCUGGCGGGAAAGAAGGAGUGAUGCAGUGA